AUGGUAGGCGCAUAACUCUAAUUAAUGUUUAUUUGCAUCUUUCUAUUAUCAUAACAAUAGAAAACUACAUGUGCAGUUAUUUUACAACAAUACUAAAACACAAAAAAUUUUAAGGUUUUGUUAUUACAGCCUGUAUUAAUGUUGAAAGUUUGUUUUUUGUAGGAUACUCCAACUGGACAUGCUGGGAAUUGCACAACAUGCAAAACCCUGAGGAGUGAGGUGACUCAGUUAAGGGGCAAAGUCACAAGACUGAAGAGUAAGUUAAUCUCCAAUCAAGAUCAGUGGGUUGAAACCUUUAAGAGCAUACAAGAGCCGAAGCAGUUGCUGAUGGUGAAUGCUGGUGAGUCAACAAUAAUUGAUGUUGACGAGUCAUAUAGGCAUAACUGCCUGUCUUUAUAUUUUUAUUAUAUUUUAUCAGUAUUUGAUUAUUUAAUAAUAAUUAAAAUUUUAAUGGUGAUAGAAUUUUUUAAAUUCCAUUUUUUAAGCUAUUCAAACUGAUCCAUGGCCAGUAACAAAUGAGACAGAGUUAGGGCCAGAGGACGAAUCAGAAGAUGAGCAGGAAAUGCAGGACGACGCGUAUGAGGAGUUUGAGUGUGAUGAAGACCCUACAUGGAGUCCUGAAGAAAUCGAAGAUGCAUAUAAAAAACUAAAGGAAGAUGAUGACUCGGUGAAGACUCAUCAGAACCCAAGGUACAAAGAUGCAAAAUUUAUUGCAUUUUAACAUCUUAGCUCUAAGUAUCCUCUGGGAAGUGAUUUAGGCCUAAAAAUAACUGCCAUUAUGAGAGGAUCUAUUUAGAAACAAGAGUACAUGAAAUUUAUUUUUUAAUUUACUCAGAUAAGAAUUGCAAAAAAAAAAAAAAAGAAGAGGCAUACGCAGCCCAUAGACUGGAAGUCCCAGGACUAAAAAUGUUUGGUUUGUCCACUCAACCACUUGUAAUAAAUUAUGCAUCGUUGGGGUGGGCUAGAUAGCUUAAGGGCUCAAAGUUGUCAUGUGUGCAAUCAACAGAAUUAUUAUAAAAAAGCAUUUUUCAGGAUGUAUGUGAGAAUAAAAUCCUAACCCACAAUUAGCCAGGUUUACAACAAGUUGAAAAACUGGCAACACCCUGAGAAAAACAAUAAAAAUGAUAAUCAUUUUUUUAUUGUUAUUUUAUUAUUUCAGAUGCUAUGAUUAAAUGAGUAUUUCCUUUCAAUCAUUUUUUACAGGUUGGAUUUACAAGGAAAAAACAUUCGAGAGGAACCGAAGGGAAUUGUUUUCCUUUCCAAACUUCUUCUUUUGUUUCAGUUCUGCCACUUGUGCUUCUUUUCAAAACCCAAACUUUCUGUAUCACAGACAGGUACCUUGUUAACCGUAGAAAGUUUCUGCAGAAACUGUAGCCAGACAAAAGUCUGGAAGAGUCAACCAGACCUGCUAGGAAAGUUUCCAGCAGGUAACCUGCUAUUAAGUUUUGCAGUGCUCUGUGAGCCGGGUGAAAAGAAAGAAACAAUACAUUAA